AAUACUUUGUGCUUCUGUCACUUGUUUUCUUUCUAACAGCUCGAUCAAAGUAUCAUUUCACCUCUGAGGAUGGCUCCAAUCUGGACAAUUAUUUUAUUUCUCAACACAGUAUCUCCAGCCCAAUCUGUGGAUUUUUCCAGACCAGCAUUUCUCUCAGUGAAGUCUGGAGAACGUGUUACACUUAACUGCCCAUUUGGAGAUAUUCGUAAUGCUGAAAGUAUGGUUUGGUACAAACUCAUAUUUGGAGAAAUGCCUCAAAAAGUGGGAGAAAGAUUACCUUAUAAGGAUUUCGAAAUUUCUCCCGAGUUCAAGACGUCAGGAUUUAUGAUGGAGCUGACUGAUAACGGCAUUUCUCUGACAAUUCCACAUAUAAAACAAGAACAUGGAGGACUUUACUACUGUGAAAAAUGUACCUUGGAUGAUGUUACAUUAUCCAGUGGAACUUUCUUGGCUGUAACAGGUGAUGAAGACGUAAAAGUGUCAGUGUUGCAGAGCAGCGUGUUGGACUCGGUUCCUGCAGGAGCGUCAGUGACUCUGCAGUGCUCGGUUCUCUCUGAGAGCAGAGCAGCAGAUCUCCAAGUGCUCUGGUUCAGAGCUGCUCCACCACAAUCCCAUCCUCAAAUCAUUUACACUCAUCACAACAGCAGCCAUCAGUGUGAGAGCAGCUCUUCUACACACACCUGUGUGUACAGCUUCUCCAAGAACAUCCUCAGCCUCAAUGAUACUGGCACUUACUACUGCGCUGUGGCCGUGUGUGGGAAGAUCAUUUUUGGGAACGGGACACAAGUACAGUUGGAAAGCUUUCCAGAUUUGGUAACAUCUUUAGGUCUUGAAAUCUACCUCGCAGUAGUGGUGGCAGUGUGUCUGGUUGUUAUCUUCGCUCAAGCAUUUAUAAUCUGUAAAAUGAGAAACUGUGAACAAUCCAGAGAGAGAAUUCAGCAUGGUGCUGUGAUAAACACUGAGAAGACGAACACUCAGGACCAUGAUGCUGUGGAGCUGAAUUACGCUGCCUUACAUAUUAAUGAACGGAAAACUAAAAGAGCGAGAGAAAAUCGAGGUCGAUCUCAAGACAAUCUAUACACUGAAGUGAAAUAUUCCACCAUCACUCAGUGAAAUAGUCUUUAAUAUUAUUCUGUUUCUGUAAUUGUUAGGUUGUUUGAUCUGCUUUAAGGUUUUGUUCAUGAGCAGACUGUAGCAAAUCAUCUGAUUUUUUUUUUUAAACCUUAUUGAUAUUAUUUAUUUUUUAAAACUUUAUUAAUAUUAAAUACAGACAGGUUGCUCUGUUGUGCUGUGGGAGGGAUUUAUUUAUUUUUCUGCCAUAGUUUGGCCCCACCCAUUUCCUUACAGAAAAACAUCAUUGCAAAUCAAUACAAUAAGUUCUUCCUCCUGAUCACCUUUGUCCUACGUUGAAACAUUUGUGUCCUGAUGGGUGUGGUCUUUUCCUGGAUAAUUCCGCCCCCAUCCACAGGGUGUGAAGGCCCACUGAAUAGUUUGAGGAGGAAAAUUAUCUAAAUCAUAUGUUGUGGCCUUCACACUCACCACAUCUCAACCUGAACACCUAUGGGAGAUUUUAGAGUGACGUAUUAGACAGUGCUCUCCACCAUCAUCAUCAUCAUCAUCAUCAUCAUCAUCACAACACCAUCUGAGGGAAAAUCUUCAUCACUCCAGAUCGGUUCUGGAAGCUUGUGGUGCCUCAACA